AUGAGUGAUACAGAUGAAUCCAAGGCUUCUGGCUCUGAUUACCCUGGUGCCCAAGAGCUGAUCCGCAGCCGGCAGAAAGAACGGGUUAAGGUCUGUGCGCAUGAAGCAACUGCACAAAGGGAGCGUUUACAUUCAAGGCAGAAGAAAGCUGCUCCUGAGCUUAACAGAGUAUGUAAAUCUUCAGCUGAGGUGUUACUGGACAGCAGUGAUGCAGAAAUUGAGCUCUCUGCUGCUAGUGGCAGUGAGUACCAUCCGAAGUGCUCCAUCACACCUUCAAAGGAAAAAGAGGGAUCUCAGUCUUCCAAGCAACAAGCUGAAUCUGUUUCAGGAGUGCCUGACAAGGAAAGCUCUUCCAAUUCUUCUCUGUCCCCUCAGAGUCCAGUGAAAUCAUCUGAUACUUCCCAGAAACAGAAGUCAAGGUUCAAUUUGAAAGCCAUUUUAGCCUAUCACUUCAGGGGAAAGAAGUUCAAGGCUGCAGCACACCAAAAAUACAAGGAUAGAUCAGGCAGGAGGAAGAGAAAGUAUCAGCGCACCCAGACACCUCUGAGGAAGCCACUCCCAACAGCCUCACCUCAAGAGAAAAAGAGGCGGCUUCUGGACAGAGGUUUUCAGUUCCCUUUUGUUGAAAAGCAUUAUGGGCAGAAACAUAUUCCCUUAAAGAUGGUUCUUGGCUAUGAGCAAGCAGCUGCAAAGGGAUAUUUCCAGUACAUUGAAGUGCUUAAAUACGAGGAACAUCUCAAAAAAGCUUUAAAAGCCCUUCAGGCUAGCGAAGACUUAGAAAGAGAAUGUAUGGUGGUGCGGAAACACAAAUAUUUAGAUGACGAAGGCCCCAUUUCCCCUAUCCAGGAGACAAUUGAUAAUGAUAACUUGAAUUCUGAUAAUCAAGAAGACCUUGAUGCCAGAGUAGUGGAGAACAGCUCUUUCAUUUUAAGCAGCAAAAUUCCCAGUAAGAAAAAAUCAAAGCCAGAAACAAAACGUGUGAAACUGAGACUCAUCCUGGAUCUAGGCGUGGGGCUCUCGCUUGGCUUCGCAGAUGAAGACGGCAGCUCUGCAGCAGUGAGCAGGGGUAACUUGUUUGGUCAGCCGGAAUUCCUGUGGCUGUUUGCUGGCCUUCUGAUGUACAGAUCUGUUCCUUUGGUGAACUCUGGAGCAUGGAAGAGGUGCUUGCAGAUGGAGAACGAUGUGUGCUUGGCUGUGUUAAAAGGAUGGGCUGUGGAAGAUAACAACACCCUGUCUGACAGUGUCUGCUGCCAGGCCGCUGCCCGUCGGAAGGGUGAGAAACGCCGCUGCCAAAGGUACGAGUGCUCGGCAGCGUUGCUGGGACUGAAAAUCUCAAGGUCACUUCAAAGAGGGUUUGCGUGGCUGAAAAACCAGCAGCUCUUAACGCGGUGA